GACAACCAUCGACGCACUUUUGUUUUCUCGCCUGCGGCAGAAAGUCGGACGGAGAAACGCAGCUGGAGGCGGUGUGUGGAGUUCAGGUGUUUGCGUUUAAACAUCGUCUCUGUCAGUCAGGUGGAGUUUCGGUGGUUUAGAUCUUGUUUUAACUCUUUAUUCCUUUGUUUUCCCGGUCCUCUGCUCUGAGUCGAGCCGGUUACUUGCAAACUGUCAGUCAGAAAUACUGCAGAAACUUUCAGAGCCUCACGUGUUUGACCCGGCUGGUUGGUUUCACACAUUUCGCUCAUAUCCAAUCCUUGUUUAGCUUUUUUCAGCAUGUUUUUUUUUCUUUUUUGUUGGUUUUGUCUAUUUUAAGAGACGACUCUUUUUACAUCAGUAAGUGACUCGGGUUGUGCGGAAGCUUAUUUUAUAGGCGCUGAAGAACUGUUUUUAGGGAAUAACGGCAUGGUGCUGAUAACCAUCUGGUAACAAACCCAGGAAUAAUCGCUGCUCUACACACAGUUAAAGCAUCUUGAUAUUUGCCAUCUUCAAACAUGGAGCUUUUCUGGGUCUACCUGUUUCUGGAGAUGAUUCUGUUGUCUGCGGCUGCCAGAGGUCCCCCCAGGGUGUCAGAGAGAGUGACCCAUCGUCAGAGUGUCCGAGCGGGUCGUACUGCUAAGCUGCCGUGCCCCGUGGAAGGUGACCCUCCUCCACUCAUGAUGUGGACCAAAGAUGAACGCAAUAUCCACAGCGGCUGGACGCGGUUCAGGGUGUUACAGCACGCUCUGCGUAUUAAAGAAGUGGAGACCGACGAUGCGGGCACUUACAUCUGUAAGGCUACCAAUGGCUUUGGCAGCGUGAAUGUCAACUACACGCUGAUCGUCAUAGAUGACUCCCGUUCAAGAAAUGGAGCAACGACAGUCACUGGUGACUCAGAACAUGCUCCAGAGCUGGCCGGGAAGCUGGUCCGUCCACGUUUCACAGAGCCUGCAAAGAUGAGGAAACGGGUCAUUGCUCGCCCCGUCGGCAGCUCUGUGCGUCUGAAGUGCACAGCAAGCGGCAACCCUCGUCCGGACAUCGUCUGGCUGAAGGAUAACAAACCGCUGGACGAUGAGGAAGGUGUAGCAGGAGAAGAAGGGAAGAAGAAGAGGUGGACUCUGAGUCUGAAGAACCUAAUGCCAGAGAACAGUGGGAAGUACACCUGCCACGUUUCCAACAAGGCAGGAGAGAUCAACGCCACGUACAAAGUGGAAGUGAUACAGCGUACCAACUCUAAACCCAUCCUAACUGGCACUCAUCCAGUCAACACCACAGUGGACUAUGGAGCAUCCACGUCCUUUCAGUGUAAAGUCCGUAGCGACGUCAAACCGGUCAUCCAAUGGCUGAAAAGAGUUGAACCUGGUGAAGAGAACAAAUUCAACUCCACCAUAGAGGUUGGAGACCAUCACUUUGUUGUGCUGCCUACUGGAGAUGUUUGGUCACGACCAGAUGGUUCCUACCUCAACAAGCUGCUCAUAACCAGAGCCAAGGAGGAAGAUGCCGGCAUGUAUAUCUGCUUGGGAGCCAACACUAUGGGUUACAGCUUCCGGAGUGCCUACCUCACUGUGCUACCAGAUCAGAAGGUUCAGUCCAACCCUGUUCCUGCUGCAACAUCUCAAAGCCUCCCCUGGCCCGUCAUUAUCGGAAUACCAGCAGGUGUUGCCUUCAUCCUAGGCACCGCCCUCCUUUGGUUCUACCAAUCAAAACGCACCUGCUCCUCCUCCUCUUCUUCAACCUCAGCUGUCCCUGCCACUCAGCGUCUACCUGCAGCAGCUCGCGACCGAGCCUGCCCAUCGCUCCCUCCUCAAACAGCCAACGGAGAUAAAGAAUGCCUCUCGUACGAGGAAUAUGUCGCUCAUCAGCAGCUGCUCCUGACUCAGGGAGGGGCCGGAUUGGCUCCCAAGGUCUACCCAAAGAUCUACACAGAUAUUCACACGCACACGCAUUCACACGUGGACGGAAAAGUGCACCAGCAUCAACACAUUCACUACCAGUGUUAGCAGCAGGGAAAGCGAGCUUCAGUGUUUCACAUUCAUCUUUUUAUGGACAUCUUCUGAUGCAUGCAGAACCAAUCGCAUAAAGAGCAAGAAAACUGCAGAACCAUGCAGAUUCAUGAACACAAACUUUGGAUCAUGCAUCUCUGCUGCAGCCGCUUGUUUAAUAAUGGAUUCACUCAAGCAAUGAAGAAUGUGAAGAGAGAAGGUCUUGAUUUUCAGCCAAUUCAAUGAGAUCCAUGAAAAAGUGAUCAUCAAAUAUGUUUUGUUCUAAGAUAUUUUAUGUAUGUAUCUCUACUAUUCUUAUACAACUAAAACCUCCGUAGUGGACCUAAAAAUACUCAUCGCUUAUAUUAUCAGGCCUGCUCUCUAGGUCUAUGUUUAAAGAGAAGUAAAACUCGUCUUUAUGUGAAAGACAGUUAGUCUCAUUCUCAGUUUGAAACUGCAAGUCAAAAUUUUCAUAUGAUUUAUUAAAAUAUUUAAUUACAAAGCGGAGCCAUCAUAAAUUCGUUUCUGGCAUCUUUAGAGGCUAAAUAAUAAAAAUAUUUCAGCUUUUGGUUUUUAUAAAACACUCAAAAGUGUUGGAAGUUUUUUUUUUUUUUUAAACAAAGACUUGGCUCAUAAUUGGUUAAUUUCUGAGUGUAUUUCAGGCUUAGGUCCGACUGAGCCAAAGCAAACUCUUCUGUUUCUACAAAGUUGGCAGGAAAUUUGGCUGCUGGUGUUUGCUUCUGUUGGGCUGACAGCCACUCUCCUCAGAGUCCAGCUGCUGUCUUGGUGCUGUGUGGAAAACGCUGAUGUCAAGAUGUUGAAUAUACUCAAAUAGAUAAAUUUUAACUGAUAAAAGUAGUAUGUUUUUACAUUUGUUCCUGUCCUUUUUUUUUUUUUUUAACCAAUAACAGACCCAAGAAACUUAUUUUCCUAAAUAAAGAUGGCAGCAUUUUCUGUUAAGUUUUUCUUGUUUCUAACUGUGCUUGCCUCAGUUCAGCAUGAUGGACAUCAGGGAGUCUUAAAGUCGUUCUUUCCAGAUUUCCUGGGUCAUUGGAGGAUCAUCAGAUACGUCUCUGAUUUUUGUAGUCUGUCGUGAGAUUUAGAGAGCUUAAAACUAAGAAAGCUCAUCUGAAACUCUUCCAUUAUGAUGUAAUGUUUCCUAGAAAAAGCUCUGACUCUGCUCUCUUCUUCAGGUUUGUUCCAAAACAAAAGCUGUCAUCUGUAACGUUUAAAUAUUUUAUUGAAUCAAGAAAUUUUGAUUUUUCCAAAAACAAACAUAAAUAAAGCAGUUUAAAGUUUAACAUUUUCAGUCACAUUCUUCAAAAAAUUAAUUAUUAUUGCAGUUCCCACUGCUUACACCACCGAGCUCAUUAAAACUCUGAAAAAGCUGCUUCAUCUUAAAUAUUUACAUAAUAUUUAGGUUGCAAUCAUUAAUAGUUUGAGGAUUUUUGUCCUGCAGGUUUUAACACUCACCGGCACAGUUUAUUCUGCAUAACUGUUCUCAUCAGAUUGACAUUUAUUCAUCUGUUUUUGAAAUUCACCAAAACUAGGGUCAGAUUUUUUUUUUAUUUCCUUGCUAAUAAUGAUGAUGCAGUGAAGUUUCUAGCAGGUGUUAAAUGAGUAGAUACCAACGAUGAAAACUGAAUCUGAUAGCACCCACCAACCCUUCCAAGCUAAUUUCAUCUGCCUUUGAUGUUUUCUCUGGCGUCCAUCUUCAUGUUUCCGUGUUUUCGUGAAUCUGACCACUACUUUAAAAAAAUGUGUAAAAUGAUAUGCUAAGAUAAGAUUUCAGCUGUUUUCCACUUAAGUGCUCACUGACUGACCCCCCCAGAACAAACCCGAUACAGCAGAUCAAACCUUUGGUUAAGUGUGUUUUUUUAAUAAUUGCGUGACAGAAAACUGUGGGCUAAAACCACCAGGUAAUUGUACUACAUGUAUUUUAUUUUUGCACAAAUCUUAAAAGGACAAUGUAAACUAUAUAUUUUUAUAGAAAAAAAUCAUACAAUAUUCUCUGUUUUCUCAUGUUUUUCCCUGAUAUGUUUUAUUUUGCAUGAACACACUGCAGUGCAGCUGCAGACUACAGCUUUACCUCCAUUUCAAUCUUAAAGAGAACGUGUUUCUACCUGCAAAUGUUAAUCACAAGUUGUUGGAUACCCAGCAUGCAUCCAACCUUCUUUAUUCAUCAUGUGUGUUGAUUUCUACAAAUACGUUCAAAGAUGUCAGACAAAAUGCAUUAUUGCUUAAAGCCUUGCUGCACUCCUUGGCCCAUAUGAAGUGCAUGAUUUUAUUUGCGGACAGCAAAUAAAACUACGACCCACCUCCUGUAUGAAUGCUUGAGAUGUAACGCCUCUGUAAUAACUGUGACUGAAGAAAGCAUUCAAAACAUAACGCCUCUUCAUGUCUGACAUGACAAUUCUGUUUUCAUUUCUAUUAUAAAGAAUUUUUAUUCCUCUCUUGAUGGAUUAAUAAUACAUUAUUAUCCACCUGAUAUCGUAUUUUUCAGUAAAAUAGCCUUCCUGUUGUGUUAAACCCUUUAAUGCAUCAAAGCUAACGGACUGCCUCUAGUCAAACUGCGUAAAUGUGCACUUACCACUAGUAUGUACCUGGUUGAAUUAGUGCUAUAGAAUCAUUUCGAUAGAUUAAAAGAGCAAGUCACCCCCAAAUCAACUUUUUAUUUGCUCAUAAACUAUAUAAAUGAGUGUCUAAUCGAGCUGUAGACAUGUGUAGUCAAUAAUUUGGCACUUUACUGCAUCUUAGUUUUUUAAAUAUUCUGCCUAAAACUGUUAAUGUUGCGCCGUCUUCAGGUAAAAACUGCACUGCAUUUUAACUUAAAUCUGCCUUCGCCAUUGGCUAAAAAGUACCCUAUGAUGUCAGCUGGUACCAUAUGAUGUCACAAUGCCGUUGUGAGACUGUGUACAUGUAUUUGUUAGCGGCUCCACCCUAUCAGUCUGCCAGGCAACAGCACUUGUUGCAUUUUUCAAACAGGAAGUGGGAGUGGAGUAAGACUCUGGUAGGGGGUGACUUGCUCUUUAAAAAGCGCAUUAGACCACGUACAAAGCUCUAGCAUCAUAGUGGCACUCAAAAACUUGUAAAUGCUAAAUUGUGCUCAAAUUUGGAAAAAAAGUGUGUUUUUAAUUUAUUUUCUUUUUGACAUGUUUAUUUGUUUCCAUAUAAUUGGGCAUUAUAUUGCAUGGAUGGAUUUUGUGUUAUAGUCAUAAUGUAAGCUAUGUGGCAUAAACUUUUCAUGUCAUUGUAAGAUACUGUAUAUGUGCUGACAAAAUAUACAAAUUUUAUCAUUUAUCUUCGUUUUGACAAUCUUGCACAGUCUGUCGUUUAGAUUAAAAAUACUUUCCCUAAAUGACGUAAUCCUGUUGUUUUAUUUGUGCCAUUAAAAUGUGAUAUCUGA